UUCUCGGGACCCAGGCGAGGGCAGACGGGCUGUGAGGGCUCCCGCCGCCCAGGUGACAGAGAACUCAGUCCUGCGACCCUUCUCCAGGGCUGCGGACUGCCCGGCCCCUCCUCGGGUUCCUCCCGCAGCCUCCCGCUCUCUGGAACCUCCAACCCUGGACAUGCGGUCGGCUAAGCCAGGCGCCGUGCUGCCUGCAUUCCUCCUUCUGGCUCUGGCUUUGUCCUCGCACGGGACGCAGGGAAGGCCCCAGGGGCGCAGGGUAGUGCAUGUGGCUGUGGCGGGAGAGGAGCCAAGACCGUUGUUUUUCGUCCCGGCUGUCGGAGCCGGCCCGGCUCCCAGCGUCUUCCGGAGCGCAGAAAUAUUCCCAAGAGAUUUGAACUUAAAGGACAAAUUCAUCAAACAUUUCACAGGGCCAGUCACAUUUUCAGCUGAAUGUAACAAACAUUUCCAUCGACUCUAUCACAAUACUAGAGAUUGCUCAACACCAGCUUAUUAUAAACGAUGUGCUCGUUUAUUAACAAGACUGGCCGUGAGCCCACUGUGCUCACAGACCUAGUAAACCCCUCUGCAUUUGAUAAAAAUGUAAUUCCAAUAUGAAGAAAAAAGUGCCUGGAAUCCUAUUAUAUGUAAAAUCAGAUGAGAUUUCUAGUUUUACGGUAUUAAUUUGAUGAAGAGACUUUCAGAGUAACAGAUUAACUCUGCCCUUCUUCUGUAUAUUAUAAUUUAUAAUUUUUAAAAAGCGUUUAAAUCACAUAUUGCAAAUGGAAUAUUUUAAAUUAUGCUAUUCUUUAUUUUUGCUAGAUAUACUAUUUUCUUAAAUGGCUAACAUUCCAUAUUAAACAUGCAUAAUUAACAUAAUGUAAAUUAUGUCUGAGUGCUAGUG